AUGGCGGACCAGGCGAACAGACCGCACAGGAAGGUGAAGGAGAAGAAGGCGCAUUCUGGAGGGCCGAAUCCCAAGGCCUUUGCGUAUGCAGCGCCCGGAAGACUGGCGAAGCAGGGUGCGCGCUCGCAGGAUGUCAGAGAAAAGCGCCUCCACGUCCCGCUCGUCGACCGCCUGCCCGAGGAAGCGCCCCCAAUCAUCGUCGCCGUGGUCGGUCCCUCGGGUGUCGGCAAGACGACACUCAUCAAGAGCUUGAUCAGACGCUACACCAAGCAGACGCUUUCUUCGCCGUCCGGGCCGCUGACCGUCGUCACCUCGAAACGCCGCCGCCUCACGUUCAUUGAAUGUCCGUCCGACUCGCUCGCCAGCAUGAUUGAUAUUGCCAAGGUCGUCGACAUCUGCCUGCUCAUGAUUGACGGCAACUACGGAUUCGAAAUGGAGACCAUGGAAUUCCUGAACGUGCUCUCGUCCUCCGGUAUGCCGGGUAACGUCUUCGGUAUCCUCACACAUCUGGAUCUUUUCAGGAAGCAAGAGACGCUGAAACUGCAGAAGAAGCGCCUCAAGCACAGGUUCUGGAGCGAGCUGUACCAGGGCGCCAAGCUGUUCUACCUCUCCGGUGUAGUCAACGGCCGGUACCCCGACAGGGAGGUCAUGAACUUGAGCAGGUUCUUGAGUGUCAUGAAGAACCCGCGACCGCUGGUGUGGAGGAACACGCAUCCCUACUGUUUGGCGGAUAGAUUCCUCGAUAUUACGCCACCGACCGAUAUUGAGCAGGAUUCCAAGUGCGAUCGCACCAUCGCGCUGUAUGGCUAUCUGCGAGGCACCAAUUUCCCAGCGGGCGGGUCGAGGGUACACGUUCCAGGUGUGGGCGAUCUGACUGUCACAUCGACCGAGGCGCUGCCCGAUCCAUGUCCGACACCGUACUUUGAGAAGCAGGCUGAGAAGCUCACGGGCAAGAAGAAGCGCACACGCUUGGGCGAGAAGCAGAAGAUUCUGUAUGCGCCCAUGUCGGAUGUUGGUGGUGUUUUGGUCGACAAAGAUGCUGUGUACAUUGAUGUAAAGACAAACACCUUCAACCCAGACGAAGAACCUAAUCAGGAGCGCGGACUCGGAGAGCAGAUGAUGAUCGGAUUGCAGGGUGGCAGGAAGCUGCUCGGCGAAGACGACCGAGGAUUCCGGCUUUUCAGCGGCGGUGAGCUUGUCAACAACAAAAACAUCGAUGACGAGGACGAGGCCGGCAACACAGGGCGCAGGUCGCAGAGAAAAGCACGAGCUGCUGACGCCGAUGACAUCGAUGACGCGGACCUAGACGGCAUUGACAGCGACGAUGACGAGCUUCAGCAGGAUCACAGCGGUGACGAGGACGACGAGGACGACACAGGGUUCUUAGAUACAAGCGGCUCAUUGACAAGAAAACCAAAGCUGGCGCGAAAGGAAGAGAAGGACGAUGCGGCAGAAGAGGUGGCUUUCGCUGACAGUGACUCCGACCUUGGCUCUGUAUCUGGAGAAGAGCCGGAUCUCAGUGAUCUGGAGAACAGCGACUUCGAUUCCGAAGAGGUGGACGACGACGACGACGAUGGUGCCUUGAACUGGAAAGCUAAUCUUCGUGAGAACGCUGCAAAGAUGCACGGACGAAAGCGUCCAUACCGGAUCGCAGAGCUUGGAAAGCUGAUGUAUAACCUCGAUAUUGCGCCAGAAGAUGUGAUUAAGAAGUGGAAGGGCGAUGACGAAGAAGAGGAUAUUGAAGCGGACGAGGACGACGACGGUGGUUUCUUCAAGAAGUCCAAGGCGCAAGAUACAAGCAACGAAGACCGAUACAUUGCGCGCUUCAACUACGAAGAGCUGGCGAAAAAGUGGGAAGAUGAGGAAAACCUUGAAGCACUAAAGAGUCGAUUCGCUUCAGGUCACAUGUCCGGCAAGGGCGGCGAUGGCGAUGGCGAGGACAAUGACUUCGAGGGCUUUGAUGGUGAGGGCGAUGACGACGAAGGUGAUGGCGAGUUUGAGGACCUCGAAACUGGGGAGAAGUUCGGUGGCGACGAGCCCAACACCGAGGCUGAGGCUGAAGUUGAUGAUAUUGAAGCGGAGCGAGAGAAGAACGCAAAACGGAAAGAAGAGCUCAAGCUGCGAUUCGAAGAGGAGGAUCGAGAAGGCUUCAUGAACGACAAAGCCGAUGCACGUAAAGAAGGUGGGAAAGAAGAAGAGUUUGGCGAGGACGACUGGUAUGAUGCGCAGAAGGCCCUCCUCAAGAAGCAGCUCGACAUCAACCGCGCCGAGUUUGACCAGCUGGACGAAGCUUCCCGUCAACGCGUCGAGGGGCACAAGGCUGGCACAUACGCACGUAUUGUACUCGAGAAGGUCCCUUGCGAGUUUUCUACAAACUUCAAUCCCCGAUUCCCAGUCCUCAUUGGCGGUCUGACGCCGACUGAGGAACGGUUUGGCUUCGUACAGAUCCGUAUCAAGCGCCACCGCUGGCACAAGAAGAUCCUGAAGACCAACGAUCCCCUCAUUUUCUCCCUCGGAUGGAGACGAUUCCAGACCACUCCUAUCUACUCCAUCUCCGACUCGCGGACGCGAAACCGCAUGCUCAAGUACACCCCAGAGCACAUGCAUUGCUUCGGUACCUUCUACGGCCCGCUCGUUGCGCCCAACACAGGUUUCUGCUGCAUCCAGUCGCUUUCGAACAAGUCUCCUGGCUUCCGGAUAUCAGCUACCGGUGUUGUCCUCAAUGUCGACGAAUCGACCGAGAUCGUCAAGAAGCUCAAACUCACAGGACACCCAUACAAGAUCUUCAAGAACACAGCUUUCAUCAAGGACAUGUUCAAGUCCUCGCUCGAAAUCGCAAAGUUCGAAGGCGCUUCAAUCCGCACCGUCUCCGGUGUCCGCGGUCAAAUCAAACGCGCGCUGUCCAAGCCAGAGGGUAACUUCCGAGCGACCUUCGAGGACAAGAUUCUGAUGUCUGACAUUGUCUUCCUGCGAGCUUGGUACCCCAUCAAGCCCCGCCGCUUCUACAACGCCGUUACCAACCUGCUCGUCCCACCCACAGCCGAAGACAAGGAAGCAGGCGAGAGCACGAGCUGGACGGGCAUGCGCCUGACCGGUGCCGUCCGCGCCGAACUCAACCUCCCGACCCCAUCCAUCAAAAACUCGGCCUACCGCCCCAUCGAGCGCGAAGAGCGAAAAUUCAACCCGCUCCGCGUCCCGCGCAAACUCGCCGCCGAGCUCCCCUUCAAGAGCCAAAUCGCGCAGAUGAAGCCGCAGAAGAAGGAGACUUACCUCCAGAAGCGCGCCGUCGUGCUGGGCGGCGAGGAGAAGAAGGCCAGACGCCUGAUGAACCAGGUCAUGGCGAUCCGCAACGAGAAGGUCGAGAAGCGCCGCGCUAAGCAAGAGGAGCGCAAGCAACCGUACAAGAAGAAGAUUGAGGAGAACAAGGAGAUGAAGGAGGCGAGGGAGAAGCGCGAAAAGCAGGAGUACUGGCAGCGCGAGGGCAAGAAGAGACACCACCAGGGCGAUGGCGAGAGUGGGCGGGGCGGUGCCGGUGGUGGGAAGAGGCGGAAGUAA